AUGGCAAUUAAAAAAAGGACUAUCUUGGUUUUGGGCUCUCGUAAAUCCUCUUUAACGAUUCAAUUUGUGGAAAACCAUUUUGUUGAUUCUUAUUAUCCUACUAUCGAGAAUACUUUUAACAAGGUUAUAAGAUAUAGAGGACAAGAAAUCGCUGCGGACAUUAUUGAUUCUGCUGGUCAGGAUGAAUAUUCAAUUUUGAAUUCUACACAUGCGGUUGGAGUUGAUGGUUAUAUUUUGGUUUACUCGGUUACUUCUAGGCAAAGCUUUGAGAUGCUUAAAAUUAUUAGAGAGAAAAUUUUAACAUAUACAGGAACAGAUUCUGUUCCAAUCGUCUUGGUUGGAAAUAAAACCGAUUUACACUUGCAGAGACAAUUAACUUCAGACGAAGGUAAAGGUUUGGCUGCGCAAUGGAAUUGUGCAUGGACCGAAGCAUCAGCUAAGCAUAAUGAAAACAUAACACGCAUUUUUGAGCUGAUGAUAAACGAAAUCGAAAAGACUUUAAAUCCAAAUGGAGAAGAAAGUGGUGGUUGCACUAUUAUCUGA